AUGGGGUCCGCCUCCGCCCGCGUCGGCACCGCCACCUCGUACCUCGUCGCCGCCGUCGCGCUCCUCCUCAUGCUCGCGCGAGGCGGCGAGCCCGUCAGCCUCUGGCUCCCGCCGCCGACCGCCGGAGGUGGGGGCUUCCUCGGCGGCGCGGACCGUUACCUGACUCGGGAUGAGCACUGGAUGACCCAGACCCUCGAUCACUUCAACCCGACGGACCAUCGCCAAUUCAAACAGCGUUACUAUGAAUUUCUCGACUACUACCGAGCUCCAAAUGGCCCAAUCUUCCUCUACAUCUGUGGAGAAGCCUCGUGCACUGGGAUUGGCAAUAACUACUUAGCUGUGAUGGCGAAGAAAUUUGGUGCUGCAUUGGUUUCUCCUGAGCAUCGAUACUAUGGAAAGAGUUCUCCUUUUAACAGUUUAACAGCAGAAAAUCUACAGUUCUUGUCAUCAAAGCAGGCUUUAUUUGAUCUUGCUGUUUUCCGCCAAUAUUAUCAGGAAACCUUAAAUGUGAAGUAUAAUCGCUCUGGGGCAGACAGUUCUUGGUUUGUUUUUGGAGGGUCAUAUGCCGGAGCACUCAGUGCUUGGUUCAGGUUGAAGUUUCCUCACUUGACAUGUGGAAGCCUUGCAAGUUCAGGAGUCGUUCUUGCUGUAUACAACUUUACUGAUUUUGACAAACAGAUUGGGAUCUCUGCUGGUCCUGAAUGCAAGGCAGCACUUCAAGAAAUAACAAGACUUGUUGACGGACAACUUCAGUCUGGCCGCAACUCAGUUAAGGAGCUGUUUGGAGCACCAAAGUUAGAAAAUGAUGGUGACUUCCUCUACUUACUGGCGGAUGCUGCUGCUAUUGCGUUCCAAUAUGGUAAUCCUGAUGUCUUGUGCUCCCCACUAGCUGAAGCAAAGAAGAAUGGGACAGACUUGGUGGAAACAUUUGCUAGUUACGUGAAAGAUUAUUACAUUGGAAAAUUUGGGGCAUCAGUAGCAUCAUAUGAUCAACAAUAUUUGAAGAACACUACUCCUGCUGAAUCCUCAUAUAGACUAUGGUGGUACCAAGUUUGCAGCGAGGUUGCAUAUUUCCAGGUGGCACCAAAAAAUGAUAGUGUCCGUUCCCCAAAGAUCGACACAAGGUACCAUUUGGACUUGUGCAGAAAUGUUUUUGGCGAAGGAGUCUACCCUGAUGUCUUCAUGACAAACUUAUACUAUGGAGGCACAGCAAUUGCAGGUUCUAAAAUUGUUUUUGCAAAUGGAUCUCAAGACCCAUGGCGACAUGCUUCUAAGCAGAAAUCGUCAGACGAAUUGCCAUCAUACUUAAUUGAGUGCAAGAACUGCGGACAUUGCAGUGAUCUCUCUGGAUGCCCUCAAGCUCCUUCAAACAUUGAAGGCGAUUCAUCCAAGUGCUCACCUCCUGAAUCUCUGAACAAAGUAAGAAAGGAGAUUGUUGAUCACAUCGACCUGUGGUUAUCAGAAUGCCAAGAGCAAGGACAUGACAAGGAGCCAUCACUGGGAAGCAGGUGGAGCAUAGCUACUAUUUGA